CGGAGGGCCGCGGCCAUGGCCUCCUCCUCGUCGUCUUCGCCGCCGCCGGGCUCGUCGGCGCACCAGCAGCUCCUGCAGCAGCAGCCUCAGCCUCAGCGGCGCCGGCGGAGCACCGAGGUGAGCUGCGACUCGAGCGGCAGCGCCGGCAGCGGCAGCGUCACGGUGAGGAUCUGCGCCCGGAGCCCCGCGGGGGCCCAGCCGGCCAAGGCCAGCAUCUCCUCCUCCAGCGGCAGCAGCUCGGGAGACGCGGCGGCGGCGGCGGCGGCGGCGGCAGCCAGGAGGGCCCAGGCGGCGGCCGGAGGAAGAGGCGGCCGGGGCAAGAAGAGAGACAAGGGCGGCGGCGGCGGCGGCUUCGGCCUGGGCCUGGGCCUCGGGCUGGGCCUGGGCUCCCGGCGCCGCUCGACGCGGCUCCCGCAGCUGUUCGAGCGCGCCUCGUCGCAGUGGUGGAACCCCACGUUCGACUCGAGCAACCUGGAGGAGGCCUGCCGGGAGCGCUGCUUCCCGCAGACGCGGCGCCGCUUCCGCUACGCGCUCUCGUACCUGGGCGCGGCGGGGCUGCUGUGGGGCGGCUACUUCGCGCUGCGGCUGGGCCCCCCCGGCGGAGGGCGGCGGCAGGCCCCCUUCGUGGCGCCCGCGCUGGCCUUCCUGGCCGCCUGCCUCGCCUUCUUCGCCUUCACCUUCACGCGCGCCUACGGGCGCCACCCGGCGCGCACCUCGCUGGCCCUCGUGCUGCUCGUCUUCGCCAUCACGCUGGCGCCCCAGCUGCAGGCGCUGGGACCCCCGGCGGCGGCGGCGGCGGGCCAGGACGAGUGGGGGGCUCCCAUCGGGCCCUCCCCGCCGUCGGGGCCCUGCCUGUCGCAGGUGGGCAGCUUCUCCAUGUGCAUCGAGGUGCUGCUGCUGCUCUACACCGUCAUGCACCUGCCCCUUUACCUGAGCUUCUUGCUGGGCCUCUCCUAUUCGGUUCUCUUCGAGACCUUCGGCUACUACUUCCGCGAGGAGAGCUGCUUCUCGCCCUUCGGGGAGCGUCUCCUGGCCUGGGACCUGCUCAGCAAAGCCCUGCUGCAUGUGUGCAUCCACGCCACCGGCAUCCACCUCUUCAUCAUGUCCGAAGUCCGGUCCAGAAGCACCUUCCUGAAAGUGGGGCAGUCCAUAAUGCACGGCAAAGACCUGGAGGUGGAAAAGGCCCUCAAGGAGAGGAUGAUCCACUCUGUCAUGCCCAGGAUUAUUGCCGACGACCUGAUGAAGCAGGGGGACGACGAAAGCGAGAACUCCGUGAAGCGCCACUCCACCUCCAGCCCCAAAAACAAAAAGAAAAAGCCUUCUAUACAGAAAAACCCUAUCAUAUUCCGUCCUUUUAAAAUGCAGCAGAUAGAACAAGUCAGUAUUUUGUUUGCGGAUAUUGUGGGUUUCACAAAAAUGAGUGCCAACAAAUCUGCGCAUGCUCUGGUGGGACUCUUGAACGAUCUCUUUGGUCGCUUUGACCGCCUGUGCGAGGACACAAAAUGUGAGAAGAUAAGCACUUUGGGGGACUGUUACUACUGUGUGGCAGGGUGCCCUGAGCCCCGAGAGGACCAUGCUUAUUGCUGCAUUGAGAUGGGGCUGGGCAUGAUUAAAGCCAUUGAGCAGUUUUGUCAGGAGAAGAAAGAGAUGGUGAACAUGAGGGUUGGUGUUCACACUGGGACGGUCCUGUGUGGCAUUCUGGGGAUGAGAAGGUUCAAGUUUGAUGUGUGGUCCAAUGAUGUCAACUUGGCCAACCUUAUGGAGCAACUGGGCGUGGCAGGAAAGGUCCAUAUUUCAGAAGCUACUGCAAAAUACUUAGACGACCGCUAUGAAAUGGAGGAUGGAAAGGUGACUGAGCGUGUUGGUCAGAGUGUGGUUGUAGACCAGCUUAAAGGUUUGAAAACAUACCUGAUUUCUGGUUUGAAAGUGAAGGAGCCCCACUGCAGCUGCUCACAGAUGCUGCUUCCAGGUCUAGAAGCAGGAGACAGAAGCAAGUUACAGGGAACCUCAUCAGCCGAGAAUGUUGGCAACUUAGCAAAAGGUUUCAGACAGUUGGAAAAAAACAAGACAUGCCCUUCAUGUAAUACUACUUUGGCAUCUGCUUCUGCUGCAAGUAUAGAGGAAGGAGCUAUCCAAAAUGGGGGCCAGGAUGAACAUAAAAACAGCACAAAGGGCCCUGGAGGAUGCAGUCCAAAGUCCCAGAAUGGUCUUCUAAAUCCUCCACAAGAGGAGAAGCUGAGCAACAGCCAAACGUCCCUUUAUGAAAUGUUGCAGGAGAAAGGAAGAUGGGUUGGCGUGAGCUUGGAUCAAUCACCACUUCUGCCACUGCGCUUCAAAAACAUCAGGGAGAAAACAGACGCUCACUUUGUUGACGUGAUAAAAGAAGACAGCUUGAUGAAAGACUAUUUUUUCAAGCCGCCCAUUAACAGACUGAGCCUGAACUUCCUGGAUCAGGAAUUGGAGAUGAACUAUAGGAGCAGCUAUCAAGAAGAGGUUAUGAGGAACAUCCCCGUGAAGACCUUUGCCAGUGCUACCUUUAGUUCACUUCUGGAUGUUUUGCUGUCCACAACAGUCUUCCUCAUCCUCUCUGUCACCUGCUUCCUGAAGCAUGGGAUGGCUGCAACUCCUCCCCCACCUGCAGCAGUGGUUGUGGUGGUCAUUGCCAUUCUGCUGGAGGUGCUGUCCCUUAUCGUCUCCAUUAGAAUGGUGUUCUUUCUGGAGGACGUAAUGGCUUGCACGAAGCGGCUGUUGGAGGGGAUUGCCGGCUGGUUGCCGCGACACUUCAUUGGUGCCGUUUGGAUCUCCCUCCCCGCUGUCGCAGUCUUCUCACACUUCACCUUGGAAUUUGAAACAAACAUUUAUUAUACCAUGUUUAUGUGUUCUGCAAUUCUCAUCACUAUUGUCCAGUACUGUAACUUCUGCCAGCUCAGCUCCUGGAUGAGAUCAUCUCUGGCCACUCUGGUUGGAGGAGUCUUGCUGGUUUUGCUGUGGGUGCCUCUGUGCGCUGACAGCUCUGUGGAGGAAUCAUAUAUUGAAUCAGUAAAGAACUUUAGUUUCAGCUCCAUGGAAAUCUUCAACUCUACACAGAACAUCAGCUCCACAGAAAUCUAUCUUCAGUCAGAACAGAACUAUAGCUCCAUAAGGAAUCCAUGCUACCGAUCAACCUUGGAAGACUUCAAGAGGCCAGCAGACCUUAUUGGCCAUGAAGUGAUUCUGGGCUUCUUCCUUCUUCUCCUCCUGGUUUGGUUCUUAAACCGUGAGUUUGAAGUGAGCUACCGCCUGCAUUACCAUGGAGACGUGGAAGCCGACCUUCACCGCACCAAGAUCCAGAGCAUGAGGGACCAGGCGGACUGGCUGCUGCGGAAUAUCAUUCCGUACCACGUGGCGGAGCAGCUGAAAGUCUCGCAGAGCUACUCCAAAAACCACGACAGUGGCGGCGUGAUCUUUGCCAGCAUCGUGAACUUCAGUGAGUUCUACGAGGAGAACUACGAAGGAGGCAAGGAGUGUUACCGAGUCCUGAACGAACUGAUCGGGGAUUUCGACGAGCUGCUGAGCAAGCCUGACUACAGCAACAUCGAGAAGAUCAAAACCAUCGGGGCCACGUAUAUGGCCGCCUCUGGCCUGAACACGUCCCAGUGCCAAGACAGCAACAGCCCACACGGCCACUUGCAAACCCUCUUCGAAUUUGCCAAAGAAAUGAUGCGAGUGGUUGAUGACUUUAACAACAACAUGCUGUGGUUCAAUUUCAAACUACGGGUUGGCUUCAACCACGGCCCCUUGACUGCCGGGGUCAUUGGCACCACCAAGCUCCUGUAUGACAUUUGGGGUGACACUGUGAACAUUGCCAGCAGGAUGGACACGACCGGAGUGGAGUGUCGCAUCCAGGUGAGUGAAGAGAGCUACCGCAUCCUGAACAAAAUGGGGUAUGACUUUGAUUACAGGGGGACGGUGAACGUGAAGGGCAAAGGGCAGAUGAAGACCUUCCUGUACCCCAAGUGCAUGGACAACGGGAUCGUCCCCCACCACCAGCUAUCUAUAUCUCCAGACAUCCGUGUUCAGGUGGAUGGCAGCAUUGGGCGGUCUCCGACGGACGAGAUCACCAACCUGGUGCCUUCUGUACAGAAUUUGGACAAAAUGCCCCACGUCUCGGACCAUAAUUUGGAGCUCAAGGGCGGGCUCUCCUGUUUCAAGAAUCUCCCAAAAGAGACAGUGAAGCCAGAGGAUGGGCGUAGGUUUGGUAAGUCUGUUGAGAAAAAUGACUGCAAAGAAGCAGGUCCCGGUGAGACCAAUGAGCUGACUAAGCUGAAUAACUCGCGGAGCGUAUGAUGUGCUAGAGAGCUGUGUGGUGUGCUCUGUCUACAAGAGUGCAGGUGCUCUCGGCAGGCUGCGUUCUCCUGGAGGAGGGGGCAGGAGAGGGAGUGGCUGGACGGCUCUGUCACCUGACUUCACUGGUCACUGGUGUGCCAGGGCUUUUGUGCCUCUCUCACCCCCCAGUUCCCCUUGGAACAGUCUUUCAGCUGAGAUGAGACACCAAGUGCCUUCAGACAGACUCUGCUGGACUCCUUGUCUAGGAACAGAGGCACAAAGUUGACCAUAUGUUCGAUGGAAAAGCCGUGGUUAUAUCAUUUUUAUUGUUUCUCACUGGCACUACUAUUUUGUUUUUGUUUUGCCUAUUGCAGCUCCUGUAUGUUAAGCCUUUUGUAUGUAAACACAGACAAAUGCAUGUUUACCUGACUGACACAAACAGCCACUAAGGGAAGAUGAUGUGAGGCGAGAGAGGGGUGGGCAGCUGGAGGAGGAGGAGGAGGAGGAGGAGCAGGGAGCUUGCCUUGGCAGUCCAGCACUUACCUGAAGUGAUCCGUGGGCUGCUCUGUUUGCCAUAAUCAGACUCAAGUGCCCUUGUGUGUUCUGGGACAUGUGGCCUCUUGCCAUUCACCCCCCAGGCCUCUGCCGUGUUGGGAUUGGCGCUGGCUGCACAGUGCUCCAGCAGCAGAAGAAGCGUGGCCAAUCUCAGUCUCAGGUGUUUCGCUUCUGACCCCUGCCAGGAGGGACACCUGAGCAUUUGGGUGAAACUGUUUCCUCUAAAUCUGGUCAGGCCUAAGAGAAAGAACUACCAUAAUAAAUGAUGGGGGGUUGUCCCUUCCUUUUUAUUCCUCCCUCCCCCCUUAAUUCUGUAUUUGUGGAGACAGUAGGGAUUGUAAGCAGUGGUGCCGAUUGUAAGGCAGGUGCCAAUUUAGCGUGUCUGCAUACUCAGUCCAGCCUUUCUUUAGGCAGAGUUGGUGCCAACAGCACUCAAGCUGUCAGACGUGGCUGACUUCGCAGGGUUGGGGCACGUAUUUUGCCCUUAUAGUGUAUGUCCUUUUUGGGAGUUGGAAUGAGCAGUCUGUUCAGAGCUGAAAAGCACAUGAGUAGGGAGAUCAUAAGCCUUCAGUGCUUUAUUGUGUGGAUUCAGUCAGAAUGAACUCCCUUUGACAAUAUUUUUUUUUUGCAUUUUCACUCCUGUUGUAUUACUGAAUGAAGAGCCAAAUUUUGUGAUUCACCUAAAGGUGAUGUAGCCAAGCAUAAAUUUGUCCCACAAGUACACAUGCAGAAUAAAGUAGGGGCUGUUCUACGUUUUUGCAAGUUUAGAAGAUGUGAAAAGGGUUAAAGUACUUUAGGGUUAGAAAGUUUGUUGUUUCAUA